CCCAUCGACAACUAAUGUGGUUCCCCUUCUGGUUUAUUUAAGGUCCUACAUAAGGGGAAGAAACCGGAAUCCCGAUACUCACUAACCAAUCCCGAUGUUUCAUGUUCCCGCCCAUUGGAUAUUUUCCAACACCACAAAACCCGCCCACUUCAGGUUGAUCGGCCCCUCCAACAUCUGUUGUCAGUACUUCAAAAGAGGGGGAGUGUUACUCCCCCACCAAGCAAGUUCCAACACUCGUUUAGCCGGUAAUUUUCUCAAACACAACUAAGCUCGCAGGCCAGAAGCAUCUGAUCGACCUCAGAGCAGAGCUCGUAUAAUCUCGCUGCGCGUUUCCCAUUCCUGCUUUUUUUUGUACAGUGACGAGUGGAUCGUGUGAGUUUUCUUUCAUGUCACGAGUGAGUUCAUCGUGCAAGUUUAGUGUGUGUUUAAUUAUUGGACUCAGGAUUAAAUAUUGUUCUUGAUUGGGACCAGGACCUAAGAGUGAGUUUCAGAUAAUUGAAGUGCUAAUGAGAUAAUGUCAGUGUGACGCAUUGCACUGUUCAGUAAACAAAUAUUAUCGGAGAGCAAAAAUUUUGUAUGAUAAUAGACAUAGCUGCGAUUAGGAUUGAGUGAUUAGUGUUUAUCCUGAAAUGUGUUUCGCUAUCUGGUAAAGCGACGGACUCGAGAGAAUAAGUGUUACACACAGUGUUAAUGACAAACCUCAAGAGCAAUAAGUGAAUGAUAUCGCAGCAGGAUGCAGGAGACUUAAGACACCCUGUUUAUCAAUAACUUUCAAAAUUCUCGAGAAAGAGUCAUUUUGGCAGAGCCUGGGCGUUGCGCCACUUACAAUGAUGCCGCUCGCGCCGACGCCAAUAGUCCCUAUGCCAUCUAAGCCCAAGAUCGGCUUCAGCAUCGACUCAAUUGUUGGUGGUGGUCGAGAUGAUCGUUUAGACAGGUUAGAACGAGUGGAAAUUGAGAGAGAUGGAAGUCCCAUGGAUGUUGUUGAGGGUUCCUCUUCACCAAGAAAUCGGCGACUCAACGCAAGAUCUCCUGGUGCUCAUUCCGACGAAUCUGAUAGGCCUGUUUCCCGAAGUUCCUCUAUAGAGUCCUAUCCCAAUUCCCGACGAACGCCUUCGCACAACAAUCAUCACCAUCAUCAUCAUCUAACACUAUCGAAUCAUUUAGAUUACAGUAGAAAUACAACGCACAGUCACAGUGGAGCUUCCACCCCAAACAACAGUCCCAGUCCGCCUCACAGGAUAUCUCAUAGUGAUUCUCCUGUUGGCAAUCAUCCUCCACCUCCUCCAGGUGUUGUUCGACCUAGUCCAAAUUAUCUUCAACCACCUCCUAGUGCUGCAACCGUUGCAGCUGUUGCCGCUGAACAGAUUAAAUCUCUUUAUGGAUUGUCGGGUCAUGGACCCGCUGGACCACAAACGGGUCAAAAUGAAUAUCAGUCGCAACAUUUAGCCUUUGCUGCAGCGAAUCUUGCUGCUCAAAAUUUUCAUGCGGCAAAUCUGGCCGUUGCCCUUCAGGCACAUCAUGGUGCUUCGCCUCACGGACCUCCUCAUGGACCUUAUCCCCAUGGUGGCCCGCCAGGAGGACCACAUCCUCCACCUCAUCCUCAUCAACCACCUCGGGAUAGCUAUACUCUUUUUCCUUGGAUCACAUCCAGACACGGGCAUGGGAGGUUUUUUCCUCAUCGAUUUCCUGGAGGCCCCGAUUUUGGAGGACUUUUGGUACACGCGUACAGGAAACCAAAGAGAAUACGAACUGCAUUUAGUCCAAGUCAGUUGUUGAAAUUGGAGCACGCUUUUGAGAAAAAUCACUAUGUGGUUGGUGCGGAAAGGAAACAAUUGGCACAAGCACUUUCGCUCACGGAAACACAGGUGAAGGUCUGGUUCCAAAAUCGGAGAACGAAGCACAAAAGAAUGCAGCAGGAGGAGGAGGCGAAAGCACAGCAACAAUCGGGAGGAAAUAGUAAUAAUAAUGGUAAUAAAAACACUCAUCACGUGAGCAAAUGGCAACAGGAAACUGGCGACUAUCAUCCUGAGGAUGAGGAAGAGGAGCAUAUAGAUCCGGAAGCUGAUGAAUGUUCGAGUGGGUCCGAAGCGUAGCUGGACGUAUUAUGUCUGGAUUAGAAAUCCAGAAAUUAGAGAAAAGACUACGAAGCUUCAAGUGAAAAUAGUUUUCAAUAAGAAAAAAAAAUUGUUUUUUUUAAAAAUAAUUAUGAAGAUUUCUCGAUAGUUCACUUUAUACGGAUACUUCUCAAAAAUUUUGUUUGCCUUGAAUUUCUGUUAAGGGACAGUAUUGUCUGACAAAGUAGUCUCCUUAUACAGAAUGGUUGGUCUUAUUUUCGGUGGAACUAGAAAAUAGACGACGAAAAAUUAAUGAAUUUCUUUAACGAUUCUUAGAAUUAUCAAAGAUUUUUGGUUACAGAAGACUAGUUUCGAAAAUGUCUAAAAAAAUUUCUUGUGAAUUUUUUAAAAGUAUCCUUGGCAUUUGUUGUAAAAAAAAAUUGAUCACAAUGAAUGUGAAAUUUUUAAAUUUGACUGAAAAAAAAGAUUAUUUAUUUGCUUCCAAAGAUUAGGACGCAAUCAACGUUCAACUGAUAUAUGUACAUAUAUCUUGCCAUAUGUGACUCCCAUAAAAAAUUCGAGUACAGACAUAGGUAACUGUACAUAUAUAUAAUAGAUAUUAAAUGCGCCACUUACGCGAAUGAAUCAUAAAGCAUCCUUCGUGUCUAUUUUGUAAAUAAUACCAGGAAGAAAAGAGAAAGAGUGACUAGAAUUUCAUAAAAAUUAAAAGCAUUAAGUGCCAAACUUAAUAUUUUAAACCCAGUGUAACACGAUGUAUUUACAAUAUUUAAGUCGAUGUUCUCGGCGAGCAGUAUUCCUUUUUGUCAAAUCGAUGUUUCAAUUGUACUGACAAUUUUAUUAAAUUAUUCGAAAAAGCCAACUUCGAACUUGUGACCUGCGAAAGAAGAAUUUAUACUGUUUUAAUUGAAUUUUGAUUCUAAUUCUUCAAAAAAAAAAUCAAUUAUUUUUAUUUGUAAAUUCUAAAUUCUCCAGUGUUCUAUAAUAAGACAAUUUUUAUCUAUAGUGUGAUAAAUUAUCUAUUUAUUAUUAUAAAUAGCUAUUUAUUUAAUGUGACAAAAUUUUAAAAAAAUGUAAAUGUAAAAAUGUUAUUUUUUAGAAAAGUUUGUUUGUGCUUGUUAUUCUUGUGAAAAAUAUUGUAUGAUCAUUGCAACAAAAAAGUUAGAAGUUAACAAAAACUUUCGCAAGUAUACGCUUUCGGACAAGUGGCUUUUGUGCUUGUAAAUAAUAUGUAAAUAAGAAAUUGUGAUUUCUCUUGACGAACUCGAGACAUAAAAUUCUAUACGAUAAUAUAAAAAGACUCAGUUCGUGUUCUAAUGAUAGAGCGAAAUAAAUUAUAUCAACCUCUCCACAAUAA